UCUCUGCUCUUCAACUGCAGUUUAUGAGCCCUCAUUUACUUCAGCUUCAUCAACAGAGAACACACCACCAUGAGGAACUACAGCAUGUUUUUGCUCAUUUUUGCUGUAUUUUAUUGUAUUGAGGGACAGGCCGCAACACCAGAUUUCUGUAGCAUGCCAAAAGAUGAAGGCACAGAAUCUGAUAAAGACAUCCAAGUCUACUUGUACUACGACAAGACUGAAGAUAAGUGCUAUCCGUUCCGCUACCAGGGAGCGGGUGGGAAUCAGAACCGCUUCAAUUAUGAGUUUUACUGCAUGAGAAACUGCUCCACCAAUGCCGAAAAACUGUAUCCUACAGACCGAACUAAAGCUUGCCACUUGCCAAAAGCUCCAGGUGACUGUUUUGGUCAUUAUCUACGAUAUUACUAUGAUGCUGCUCAUGGAAAGUGUGUGACAUUCUACUGGACUGGCUGUGUGGGCAAUGGAAACCGUUUCUUGGAAUUAGAGCGUUGCAAUGCCACAUGUUUUGGAAUAUUAGAUAAAAAUGAAAAUGGCGAUAAUGAUGGUGACGUGGAAUCAGACACACCAAUUGGCAUCAUUUUGGGAGCUGUUUUAGGUGUUAUUGGAGCCAUCAUUCUCAUAAUUGUGCUUGUUCUGGCGUUGAAGAAGAAGCCUAGCAAAAGCAAAAAAACCAAAGCAAAGGAACUAAAAGUGAAAGAAGACCCAAACACUUCUGGACCUGAAAUACCCCUUCAUAUUACUGACACGGCGUAAUGGACCACAAAGAAACACCCAGCGGCAGCAUUAAUACCUCUCAUAACUCCAUAUCAAAUCUUGGACAUCAGAACAAGACAUUUUUAGAAAAAGGCUUCAUCAAGGGGUCUUUGGUUAGUUUCUUAGCUUCCUAAAGUGGUUUCCACAUUAUUGUAGAAUUACUACUACUUAUAAACUUUAAUGGUGCCCCCAGAUGGACAGGCCAUAGAACUAGGUUCUGAGGUUAACUUUUUUUUUUCUAACAGUGUAGGUAGUCACUGCUGAAUAUUUGGUCAGGCUGGAAAUGUGUUUAUAAUGUAAAGUGAGUUUCAGGAUAGCUGCAUAUACUUUUGCUGAAGAAUUAAGAGAGUACAAUUAUUAAUGUUGUCAUUUUGAUGGUGUGUAAAUUUUAUAUUGUUCAUUUUUGGCACUGAACUACAUUACAAAAGCAAACAAUGUUUUCUCAUGGUAAUGACUUAAACUUUGCUUUGUAAAAGGUGUUGAUGGUAAACAUUUUAAUAAAAAAAAACAAUUCCAAAUUCUGAUCCCAAUUUAAGUUCAGAAAAA